CUUCUGUUCCCGUGGAGCUACUAUUCCUGAUCCAGUCUCCCAGACCUUUGGGGAUGUCUGCCCUCUAGGACACUACUGCCCUGAGGGUAGUGGGUCGCCCAGGCCCUGUUCUGUGGGUAGCUACCUUCCAGAGAGGGGUGCUUCAUCCCCCUCCCGCUGCUACCCUUGUCCCCCAGGACGAUACUGCCUCAACCCAGGCUCCUCACAAUUCACAGGUCCUUGCUCCCCUGGUUUCUACUGUAGUGGAGGUGCAGACAGUGCUACACCCCAGGCUAACUCCUCCCAGCUCAGCUGCCUUUGUGGCAUGAUAAAGGUCCAUCCUACUAACCAUGACCUUUGUUCCUGGUUACACAACACUUCCUGCUCACCUAACAGUAUAGAUACAGAUGGAGAUAGGAGCUGGAUGGAUGUCGUAACUAGGCCGUGGUCAGGUCAGGCCUUGGCCGACUCUACACCUCAUCUCAGGAACCCACUUUAUAAAUGUGCUAACUUCAAAGGCGAUGUAUGUCCCAAAGGUUUCUACUGUCCUGUAGGAUCGGCCUACCCUCAGCCCUGUGACACUGGCUUCUACUGUGGUCAGACUGGUCUGGAAGCCCCCAGUGGCCUCUGUACCCCAGGCUAUUUCUGCUCCAGGGGUUCCACGACCCCUCACGCCUCACUCUGCCCCCCUGGACACUACUGCCCCCAGGGCACACCUCUCCCUCUAUCUUGCCCUCCUGGAACCCUGAAGGGUAAGAAACAAAAACACUAG